UGAAACCACCAGAGGUCACUCUUGCCCAGGGUCACUCCUGCGUGCAGCCGACACCUGGGCACGGCUCCCGGCCAUGGCAUACCGGGACCAAGACAACUUCUCUGGCCCCUACGGCGGCGACGUGGCCUUCCGUCACCAGCCGAGGCGGGAGGACCCGUGGUCUCCCGCGUCCGCCGCCGGUGGAGCCACCUCGUCGUCGCCGGGGCCCGCGGACGAGCCCGCAGAGGAGGAGUCGUCCACCACCCUGGGGCUGGUGGGUGGCCUGAUAAGCUACAUGUUCUCGGACAACCGGUGCUGCUCCAUGCGGACCAAGCCGCCCGACCCCCCCAAGGCGGGCGGAGGCGCCUCGCUGCCGGAGAGGCCCCGGCCGGCGGACACGCGGGAGACGCUGCACGACCCGUUCCGCACGCAGCCGUUCGAGGAGGACCCGCGCGGCGUCGCUCCCCCGGGGUCCUGGAGGUGGCCAGAGUGGUCGCUAAACUUCAAGAAGCCAUGCAUCGAGGUGUUCGUCAUCGACGAGGACUCCGGGGAGAAGCGCUGGGUCACCGCCGAGCCGCACAGCCGCGUGGUGGACAAGGACAACCACGACGCCUACUUGUGCGCGGAGUACGCGUGGGACGGCGAGAUGUACGUGCAGGAUUUCGGCCCAGAGCACGUCCGCCGCCGGGGUGAGAACCGCACGGUGAUGGACGAGAUCGCGGGGAGGCCUUGAGCCUGAACCGCGCGCGGCUUUUCGGCCAAACGCCCGCCGCCUUCGCUUCGCCGAACACGGCGAAAUUGUGUCUCUCACACUGCUGCGAUGGGCCCCCUCCGUCCCCAAAGCGGCCGCGAGGAUCCUUGGUCUAGUCCUCGUACAUGAGGGCGCCACGUGACCUGCGCGUGGAGCCAGCACGAGGAAAUAAGCGAGUCCGUUCUUGUCGUUUCGUUCAGCU